GGCAGCGGAGGCGGUUUAGGCAAGCAAUGGACGCGUCACCACGAGAUCAAACAUGGCAGCGCCCACGGGAUCGCCACUAAAAUGGUCAAUAGUCGCAGUUCAAAAUGCAUAUUAGCUACUUGCGAGCCAGCUCCUUUUGGCGUCCCUGAGUGGUACUUUGGGUCUCGGUAAAAGCGUUGAGCAAAGCCCAACUACCCACUUUCCUGCACACACUGACCGAUGUAGAUUAAGCUACCUAAGUUAUCCUCGUACAGUUGCUGCGAAGCGGUAGGAAUUCGAACUCGAGCAUCAGUCAAACUAUAUUAGGCCAGACUGAUUUAUAAACUCUGGAGAGUCUGAUGCGUCUGUACCUCCCUUUCCGACCUACAUGCAUUUACGAGUACAAGAAAUCCCGUGAGUAGCAUCGCCUUCCGAAUAACCAUCCAGAGAAUCUCAUCGAAAUACGCCAGGGUUCCGUGUGUUGUCUUCCCCAAACCCACUCCGCCACGCACUUUCGCUGCACAACAUGUGAGUAAUGUUCGCACACACUGGCGGGUCCCGCGCGAGCGCAGGGUCUACAGUGAGCAGUGUCGAACAAGACAAGGCGCCGAAGCCACCCUGUGCCUCGCCGACCGAAGAUAAUGUCAAAAACCAAACCUCUGCCGCCCCCCGAGGAACGCCAUCGGCAGAGCCCGCCGAGAAGGCGGCCCUCAAGCGACAAGUUGGACUGGGAAGCGCCAUCGCCCUUAUUAUUGGAAGUAUCAUUGGUUCGGGAAUUUUCGUUACACCUAGCUCCGUAUUCAGAAAUUCUGGCUCCAUUGGAGUAGACCUGCUAGUAUGGCUUGUUUGUGGAAUCUUGAGCAUCAUAGGCGGUCUGUGCUACGCUGAGCUGGCGACGCUGCUGCCGACGUCUGGCGGAGACUACGCCUACCUGACGGCUGCCAGCAAAGUUCUGGGUCGCUUCGGUGACGUGCUGCCCUUCCUCCAGAUGUGGUGCUACUCUCUGGUUUUGGAUCCAAUGAGCGCCGCCCUGCAGGGACUGACCUUCUCUAGCUACGCGCUGAGCGUCGUUUAUCCAACCUGCCAAACAGCCUACGAGUUGACCGUGCUCGUCGCGCUGAGCUUCACCACUCUGGCAACUGCUGUAAACUGCUUCUCCGUGAAGAUUUCUGCGAGAGUUCAAGACAUCUUCUCCAGCAUCAAGUGCCUCAGUUUGAUAUCAGUAAUUAUUACUGGAUCAUUAUUCGCUUUCACUAGUACUCACAACCAUUUCCAAGAAGAACCAUUAUUCAGCAAGCCAGAGUCUGCGAGCCGACUCGUCCUCGCGUUUUACGGUGCACUCUACUCGUACGGAGGAUGGAAACAAAUAUGUCUAAUCGCUGAAGAGGUUGCCGAGCCAAACAAGAACAUUCUGAGAGCCGCCUUGAUUGGUAUCCUAUCGGUGACUGCCAUCUACGUGCUGACGAACGUCGCCUACUUCGUCGUUCUGGACCCCAACACCUUCGCCACCUCCGAAGCCAUCGCCGUGUCCUUCACCGCCGCCACGUGGGGUGCCAAGGCCACCGUCGUCAUACCAGUCGCCGUUUCCAUAAGCACGUUCGGCACGCUUUGUGCUGGUUUCUUCAGCUCUGCACGCGUCAUCCUAGCCGCGUCCAGACAGGGACACCUUGCACCUGUCUUCUCCUGCAUCACCAUCCAGUCAUCGACACCCGUGGCUGCGAUUAUGCUUCGUGGCACUCUGGCCCUGGCCUUUACAUUCAUCGGUUCCAUUUCAUACUUGAUCGAGGGAGCAGUGUUUCUGGAAAAUGUCUGGGAGAUUGUGGUGCUGCUGUGCCUCUUCGUCCUCCGGUACACAAUGAAGGACGCCCACAGACCUUACGCCGUUCCGCUUCCUUUGGCCGUCAUCAAGUUCUUGGUGUCUGUCGCGCUGGUCGUGAUACCACUGCUGCGUCCCGUCAACUACGUGCAGUACGUGGUCAUUCUGGCCGUGUUGGUCGCCGGUGGUGCGUACUAUGCUGUGUUCGUAGUGUUUUCGUGCAGUGUUCCAGGAACUAAACCCAUCACACGGUUCAUUCAGAAGUUACUGCUUUCGGUUCCUUGCACGAAUGACCUGGAGAUCAUGUUGAAAGAGAAGCUGUGAGAAACGUGAGCGUUGCUGUGGUUAGCAGAAAGCGUUACUCUGCGUGGGUAAUACCGGAUAUGUCUACGGCCACGUGUCAGAAGAAAUCCUGUUAACGAUGGUAAGCAGCUGUCCGCUUACAUGAUCAAGGCCUGACAACUACCAAUUCCGCUUCGCACCUUAGCCACCGAUAGAAUGCAUCGAUGUCUGAAGCAUGUCGCCGUCAGGAUGCACAUAACAAACGCAGAACUAAUGGCGUUCAGAAUGCGUUGCUUGCUUUGUGAGAGGCGCAUGUUUUUAGAAAACACUACGGAAUAUAUUGGCAACCAUUGUUCUGCGUUACCCUUUACCUACCUCCGAGAACUCGAGAGAAGUGAGAGGUGUUCAAAAGUAAUGCCGCUGUGCAAUUUGGUUGGCAUUUUUCUAUUGAGCACGAGGUCGUCAUAUCGAAUAAGGGCCUCGGAAGCAGCUUUUCCAUUGAGAGCAAAAGGCAAAAAGCUAGUGCAUUUUUAUAUAAUGGAAAGGUAGAUGAACCGUGAUAACCAGUCUCUAGUCUUCUAAUAUAACCUCCUUCAGGGUUCCUUGUCCAUCCCUCUAUCGUUCCCCGUUUCCCUUUCUUAGUGCAGAGGAGCAUGUUAGAGCUAGCCCUAACACAUAUGAAACUUUUGUGUUCUCGUACAACCAUACGAGAUUAUUGUAUAUGUGGCAUAUGUGUCAUAUGAGCUUUGUUAAUUAUAGGUAUUGCUCAUGUUCAGUGCGACUUCUCUGCCUUUAUGUAAAUAAAUUCAUCCACUACUACUACAACGCUCUCAAGAUGUUCCAGAUGUUUUCCGUACGCAUUGGUCGUGACCAGUGCUUCUAUAACUUGUAUAG